AGGUACUGAAUAAUCGCACGCGUAUAAAGAAGCAAUAUCCAUAUUUAAAAAAAAUUUUCGGUGCAGUCGGAAGCGACGGCAUAAAAUAAGGGCGCGGCUGCAGGGCGCGAUAUGACAGGGUCGCAACGGCGGAUGAAGGCGAUAACGGCGGCGGUCCGGGUGCUGCUGCUGCCGUUGUUGGCACUCGCGGCGCCCCAAGGCCAGGCCGUGGCGGUCAAGGGCGACCUGCAGGGCUACUCGCAUCACUCUCUUACGGCCGACGAUCCGUGCUCCAGCCCGGCCUUCGUCCCAAGUGACGUGUCGCAAGAAACACUGGAAGCUCAGCGCAACUUUUGCACCACUCUGAAAGUGCGACGGAAGCGACAAACCGUGCAAUUCGGUCAGGAGUCCUUGCGAGACAUUGCGUCGUCUGCGACUGCACUGGGCAGCAUUCUUGGCACACCCGGCAGCAACGACUCAAACGUCCCUCUCAUCUUCCCAGAUACAAAAUGGUGCGGCGAAGGAACGAUCGCCGCAAAUUACAAUGACCUAGGAAAGGAGCAGUUCGCUGACAUGUGUUGCCGGGCGCACGAUCAUUGCCCACAAUCACUGGACAGCUUCGCUUACAAUUCAGCCUACGACCUCAAGAAUCCGAUUGGAUACACCCUGUCAAGCUGCGAUUGCGACACCGAGUUUCGUCGCUGCCUGGACACGAAUGCCAACUCGGGCUUGGACUGGGUGUCCGGUCUAAUCAAGGACAUUUUCGAGAACGUCCUCAGAACACCUUGUAUGAAGUACAUGCAUCCGCUGAAAUGCGUCGGAUCCACAUCAUCGUAA